AUGGAACAGUUGGACGCUGACACAGCGUUCCUCAACAGUGAGUUGGAGGACCGUGUCUACAUGGAGGUACCAAUUGGCGUUGAGAACGCUCAGAACUAUGUGUGCCAGCUGAACAAGGCCAUCUAUGGACUGAAGCAAGCUGCAAGUGCCUGGAACAAGACCAUUCAUCGGGUAUUUCUUGGGUACGGAUUCAAGAGCUGUGGUGCGGACCAGUGCGUCUAUGUCAAGCGUUCCAAGAGCAAUUUCAUUUACGUCUGUCUUUACGUAGAUGAUAUGAUCAUUGCGGCGAAGACUAGUGAUGAAAUUGAUGACGUGAAAAACGCACUCAAGAGUGUCUUUAAGAUGAAGGAGCUUGGACCGGCGAAAUUUAUCCUGGGAAUGGAGAUCGACCAUAACAUGACUGCUGGAACGCUUAUGAUUAAGCAAACGCGAUACAUCGAUGAUGUGGCGAAACAGUUCGGGCAAGAGAACGCUAAGUCGGUUGACAACCCGUGUGCAACUGGUCUUAAGUUGUCAAAGUCGCAAUCGCCAGCAACGGAUGAAGAGCGAAGAAAGAUGCAAUCGAUACCGUACCGCUCCUUAAUUGGAUGCCUACUGUAUAUCACGACGUGUACUCGCCCGGACAUUUCAUUCGUGGUAACGCAACUUUCUCGUUUCCUGGAGAAUCCCGGGGCGCAGCAUUGGAACGCUGCUAUACGUGUUCUACGCUACUUAAAGACGACUCGCCAGCACGGGAUCAUCUACAAAGGUGGUACUGGCAGCGUCACAGCUGAAGCCUACUCGGAUGCGGACUGGGGUUCCAACCUCGACGACAGGCGUUCUGUCUCGGGGGUUAUGAUCAUGAUUGGGAACGCUCCGGUGGUGUUCAAAUCUAAGUUCCAACGAACGGUUGCCCUCAGCUCAGCGGAAGCUGAGUAUAUGGCUUUAAGCCUAUGCUUUCAGGAAGUGCUAUGGACGCGUGCGAUACUGACGGACAUGGGAAUGGUACAAAUGAACGCUACCCAGAUAUGGGAGGACAAUCAAGGAGCGAUUGCUUUGGCCCAAAACGCUGGUUAUCAUGCUCGGACCAAGCAUGUGGACAUCCGUCAUCACUUCAUCAGAGAGACGAUCGAAGACGGGACGGUUGCGGUAGCGUAUGUGGACACCAAACAUCAAUUGGCCGACAUACUGACCAAGGCGCUAGGAUCCAAGACGUUCAAGUUCCUGCGCGAUGCAAACAGUAUCCAGUGCAAAGAAACCAAGCAGUAG